AUGUGGCAUGCGAGGAAUCUUGACUUCGGGCAGCUUUUCGUCUGGAAUAUCGAAGCACAAUCCUGGGAUCUUACUGAUACGCUGAAAAAAGUUUCUGUCAAUUUGAAUUUCAUUCGGAACGGAACCGUGCUAUUCAAGGGCACAACGCUUGCCGGACAUGUUGGUAUACUCACAGGAAUGAAGCCGAAUGCAUUUUCCCUCUCAAUGAACGCCAAGGUUCAGCCGGACAUCAAAAAUAUCAUCUCAUGGUUAAACGGCGAACAGCCUGACAUUCAGUUUGCGAUGUACUUUGAUAGAAAACUCUUUGAGGAAGCAAACACCUUUGACGAAGCCAGAAAGUUCAUCUAUGAUGUGCCAAUGCUCUCUGGAGCUUAUUUCAUUCUUGGAGGCGCUAAGCCAGGUAACCAAACAUUUAAAAAUCAGGCAGAAUCUGCUUAUGGAUUUUUUUAG